AUGAAGGACUUUGAAGCCUAUUCAAAAAGUUGUCAGAUAUUUAAGGCAGGAGAAGUUACAGAAGCACUUCACUCCAAAGGAAAAAUUCAACUGUUUGAUGAAAAAGGAGUGUUAAGUAGUGGUUGCAUUAGGCAUUCACACGCUGGACGAUUUUUCAGCACUAAAUAUGGGGAAAGAAUUUCGUAUUCGCUGUUCCUAAUCCAAAGCAUUUUAAAAGAUGCUGACCAAAGUCCUGGUGUUGAUUUAAAAAUAAUGUAUGAUAUUGGAUGUGUAUUAUCAUCACAUUUAAAGGCAAACAAGAGGCAUGACAUUUUGUCAAAAGUGUCAUUUUCGGUGCCGAUAUUUCAUUGUUAUGUACACAAGGCUUCAUGCCAGGUCAAGUUCAGUCCUAGAAGGCUCGAUGGUUUUGGUCUUACAGAUUGUGAGGCUAUUGAAAGGCUCUGGGCUUACCUUCGUGGGUUCUCAGCAAUUACUAAGGAGAUGUCUGCCAGUAGAAGAGUAGAUCUUUUGACAGACGCGCUUCUUCACUUAUCUCGAAGAAAUUUUAGCAAUGCAGGAAAAUCAUUAACGUCGAAGCUUUCUGUGGCCGAAAAGUAUUUAAGAUUUCUUUUUGCCUAA